AUGGUGAGUUCCUCAACGACGCUCUCUGCUUCUACUGCAACAAAGAAAUCUCGAUCUCCUACCCCACAAAAGAAGAUUACGCUCACGGUCAAGAGCCAACAGGAUGGAAGAGAGGAUGUUUAUAAAAUCGGUUAUAAUGCACAUAUGAAGAAACUGAUGGAUGCAUGCUGCACCAAGAGAAACAUAGAGAAAGCCACUGUCAGAUUCAUCUACGGUACUAAAGAGCUCAAGCCACGACAAACUCCUGCUCAGCUGACGAUGAAAGAUGGAGAUUUCAUUGAUCUUGUCACCUAUCAAGGUGGUGGCUAA